AUGGGGGCUCGCUGCUCCAAGCUCUCCGCCUGCUGGUGGCCGCCGCACUUCAAAUCGCCCCGCCUCGAGAACGGCGCCGCCGGGGAGGACGGCAGCGGCGUGCCGGUGUUCGCGGAGUACAGCCUCGACGAGCUCCGCGCCGCCACCGACGGCUUCGCCACGGACCGCAUCGUCUCCGAGCACGGCGAGAAGGCGCCCAACGUGGUCUACCGCGGCACGCUCUUCAGCUCCGGCGCCACCGUCGCCAUCAAGCGCUUCGGCCGCUCCGCCUGGCCCGACGCGCGCCAGUUCGUGGAGGAGGCUAGGGCCGUUGGGCUGCUGCGGAGCGGCCGCCUGUCCAACCUCAUCGGGUGCUGCUGCGAGGGCGGCGAGCGGCUGCUCGUCGCCGAGUUCAUGCCGCACGAUACCCUCGCAAAGCAUCUCUUCCACUGGGAGACCAAACCGUUGAGCUGGGCAAUGAGGGUGCGAGCUGCACUCUAUGUGGCCCAAGCACUGGAAUACUGCACCCUCAAAGGGAGGGCUCUCUACCAUGACCUGCAUGCAUACAGGGUCCUUUUUGAUGUGGAUGGCAACCCUAGAUUGUCAUGUUUUGGUUUGAUGAAGAACAGCAGAGAUGGGAAAAGCUACAGUACCAAUUUGGCUUUCACACCUCCUGAGUACCUUAAGACAGGUAGAGUAAUCCCCGAGAGUGUGGUCUACAGCUUUGGUACCAUCUUGCUUGACCUCCUAAGUGGAAAGCACAUUCCACCAAGCCAUGCGCUUGACCUUAUCAGAGGAAGGAACAUCACCGUGCUCAUGGAUUCUUGCUUGGAUGGUCACGUCUCCAGUUCUGAUGGAACCGAAAUGGUGCGGUUAGCAUCCCGCUGCUUGCAAUAUGAAGCUCGCGACCGGCCAAACCUGAAAGCAGUAGUGUCUGCUCUUGCAAGCCUUCAAAAAGACGCUUCUGCUCCUUCACAUACUUUACUGGGCAUCUCACAGGAUGCUGUCAAGGAGAACGCAGAACAAGUUUCAUUUUCUGCUACUGAGAAAGCUUAUGCGACAGCAGACCUUGAGCAGGUGCAUGAGUUGCUGGAAAAUGAGGGAUAUGAUGAGGAUGAGACAGCAAGUUUUAAGGUGUCUUUAAGCUCGUGGCCUGGCCAACCAUCUGAGAGUAUUCAGGUCAAGAAGAAUGGAGACGAUGCUUUUCAAUCCAAAGAUUUUACGACUGUGCUGGAGUGUUACUCAAGGUUUAUCGAUACUGGUGCAAUGGAUUCUCCGACCAUGCUUGUGCGGCGAGGGUUCGCGAACGUGGUGCUUGGCAGGAUGGAGGAUGCCUUGGAGGACGCAAGGAGAGCAGAGGGGAUAUCACCCGAGUGGCCGACGGCGCACUACCUGCAAGGGAUGGCGCUCAUCGGGCUCGGCAUGGAGCUCGACGGGCACGAGAAGCUAAGGAUCGCCGCCUCCUUGGAAGCCCAGAGAACCGAACUCCAAAGAGAAUUUCGAAGCUUUGAACUGCUGUGGUUCGUCAGGCAUCUCCUCUCUGUUUGCACUGCAAGUGUCUGUGUUUGCGUGUAG